CUUCCAUGGCAAUUAUAAAGGGAGCUGGAUUGGUUAUGAAGGCAAUAAUAGAGGAAGGUGACAAAGAAAUUGCUACAAAAAUGCAGGAGCUUGCCCUAAGUGAAGGUGCCUUACCUCGACACUUGCAUACUGCGAUGUUUACAAUAAGCUCAGAUCAAAGGAUGCUUACAAAUAGACAGCUAAGUAGACAUUUAGUGGGACUCUGGACAGCUGAUAACGCAACUGCGACAAACUUGUUGAAACGCAUUUUGCCGCCAGGCUUGCUGGCAUACUUGGACAGUUCAGAUCCAGUUCCUGAGAAGGAUGCUGAUCGGAUGCAUGUUAGAGAUAAUGUGAAAAUAGCAAUGGAUCAGUAUGGAAAAUUUAAUAAAGUUCCAGAGUGGCAAAGACUAGCUGGAAAAGCUGCUAAGGAAGUUGAAAAAUUUGCCAAAGAAAAAGUAGAUCUUGUGUUGAUGCACUGGAGGGAUAGAAUGGGCAUUGCACAAAAAGAGGACAGAAACAAUAUGAAUAUAAAUCAAAAGCCAGUAGUUCUUCGAAAGAGAAGACAAAGAAUAAAAAUAGAAGCAAAUUGGGAUCUCUUCUAUUAUAGGUUUGGUCAGGAUCAUGCCAAGUCAAACCUAAUUUGGAAUUUCAAAACACGUGAAGAACUGAGAGAUAGUCUUGAAUCUGAAAUGAGAGCAUUUAAUAUUGAUAGAGAGCUUGGUAGUGCUAAUGUGAUCUCCUGGAACCACCAUGAAUUUGAGGUUAAAUACGAGUGCCUGGCAGAGGAAAUCAAAAUAGGAGACUAUUACCUGAGAUUACUGUUGGAGGAAGAUGAGAAUGAAGAAAGUGGAUCAAUUAAGAGAUCGUAUGAAUUUUUCAACGAGCUCUAUCAUCGUUUCCUGCUCACCCCAAAAGUAAACAUGAAGUGUUUAUGUUUACAAGCCCUUGCUAUUGUUUAUGGCAGAUGUCAUGAAGAAAUAGGACCUUUUACAGAUACAAGAUAUAUCAUUGGAAUGUUAGAGAGGUGCACAGAUAAACUUGAACGAGACCGGUUGAUCCUCUUCCUUAACAAGUUGAUCCUUAAUAAGAGAAAUGUUAAGGAUCUCAUGGAUUCAAAUGGAAUUAGAAUUCUUGUGGACUUGCUUACCCUUGCACAUCUCCACGUGAGCCGAGCUACAGUACCACUACAAAGCAAUGUAAUCGAAGCCUCUCCAGAUAUGAAGCGAGAGAGUGAAAAGGAAUGGUACUUUGGCAAUGCAGACAAAGAAAGGAGUGGCCCAUAUGGAUUUCAUGAGAUGCAAGAAUUGUGGACCAAAGGAAUGUUGAAUGCAAAAACCAGAUGCUGGGCUCAAGGCAUGGAUGGAUGGCGACCACUUCAGGCAAUACCUCAGCUUAAGUGGUGUCUGUUAGCCAGUGGACAGGCUGUUCUAAAUGAAACUGACCUUGCUACCCUUAUAUUGAACAUGUUGAUCACAAUGUGUGGAUAUUUCCCAAGCAGGGAUCAAGAUAAUGCCAUCAUUCGGCCUUUACCGAGAGUGAAAAGACUGCUGUCAGAUAGCGCUUGUCUUCCCCAUAUUAUUCAGCUACUGCUGACCUUUGACCCUAUCCUUGUUGAGAAGGUUGCGAUUUUGUUAUGCCAUAUCAUGCAAGAUAACCCACAGUUACCUCGUCUUUAUCUUAGUGGAGUAUUUUUCUUUAUCAUGAUGUAUACAGGUUCCAAUGUGCUUCCUGUUGCUCGAUUUUUGAAGUACACGCAUACCAAACAGGCUUUCAAGUCAGAGGAGACAAAAGGACAAGAUAUUUUUCAGAGAAGUAUACUUGGGCACAUCCUUCCAGAAGCAAUGGUUUGUUACUUAGAAAAUUAUGAGCCUGAAAAGUUUUCUGAGAUUUUUCUAGGAGAAUUUGAUACUCCAGAAGCAAUCUGGAGCAGUGAAAUGAGGCGCCUCAUGAUAGAGAAGAUUGCUGCCCAUCUUGCUGAUUUCACACCACGUCUUCAGAGUAACACAAGAGCACUUUAUCAGUAUUGUCCCAUCCCAGUAAUCAACUAUCCACAACUAGAAAAUGAACUAUUUUGUAAUAUUUAUUACCUCAAACAACUUUGUGAUACACUCCGGUUUCCUGAUUGGCCCAUUAAAGAUCCGGUUAAGCUUCUAAAAGAUACACUUGAUGCCUGGAAGAAGGAAGUAGAAAAGAAGCCACCUACAAUGUCAAUAGAUGAUGCUUAUGAAGUGCUUAAUCUCCCUCAAGGACAGGGGCCGCAUGAUGAGAGCAAGAUCAGAAAAGCUUACUUCAGACUUGCACAAAAGUACCACCCUGAUAAGAAUCCAGAAGGGAGGGAUAUGUUUGAAAAAGUAAAUAAAGCGUAUGAAUUUUUAUGUACCAAAUCAGCAAAAAUAGUUGAUGGACCAGAUCCAGAGAAUAUAAUUUUAAUUCUGAAAACGCAGAGCAUCCUCUUCAACCGUCAUAAAGAAGAUUUACAGCCUUAUAAAUAUGCAGGCUACCCCAUGCUGAUUAGGACUAUAACAAUGGAAACUUCAGAUGACCUCCUUUUCUCAAAAGAAUCACCAUUGUUGCCUGCUGCUACAGAGCUGGCUUUCCAUACUGUCAACUGCUCGGCCCUCAAUGCUGAAGAGCUCAGAAGGGAGAAUGGAAUUGAGGUGUUACAGGAGGCCUUUAGUCGCUGUGUGUCAGUCUUGAAUCGUUCUAGUAAACCAGGUGAUAUGUCAGUACAGGUAUGUGGACACAUAAGCAAAUGCUAUAGUGUGGCCGCUCAGUUUGAAGAAUGCCGAGAGAAGAUCACAGAAAUGCCUGGCAUCAUCAAGGAUCUCUGUCGGGUGCUAUAUUUUGGCAAGAGUAUCCCACGGGUUGCUGCUCUUGGAGUAGAAUGUGUCAGUUCUUUUGCUGUGGAUUUCUGGCUACAGACACACCUAUUUCAGGCUGGGAUUUUGUGGCAUCUGCUUGGUUAUCUGUUUAAUUAUGACUACACACUAGAAGAGAGUGGCAUUCAGAAAAGCGAGGAAACAAAUCAGCAGGAAGUAGCCAACAGCCUUGCUAAACUGAGUGUCCGUGCUCUAAGUCGCCUUGGAGGAUAUCUGCCUGAAGAACAGGCAACCCCAGAAAAUCCAACCAUAAGAAAAAGUUUGGCCGGCAUGCUGACACCCUAUGUUGCCAGAAAACUUGCUGUGGUUAGUGCUACAGAGAUUCUGAAGAUGCUCAACAGCAACACUGAGAGCCCUUAUUUGAUAUGGAACAAUUCUACAAGAGCAGAACUACUUGAGUUUCUUGAAUCCCAACAAGAAAACAUGAUUAAAAAAGGUGAUUGUGACAAAACUUACGGAUCAGAAUUUGUCUAUAGCGAUCAUGCCAAAGAACUUAUUGUAGGGGAAAUUUUUGUUAGGGUCUAUAAUGAAGUCCCUACUUUCCAAUUGGAGGUUCCAAAAGCAUUUGCUGCAAGUCUUUUGGAUUAUAUAGGCUCCCAAGCCCAGUACCUCCACACAUUCAUGGCUAUCACACAUGCUGCAAAAGUGGAGUCAGAGCAACAUGGAGACCGCUUGCCAAGAGUGGAAAUGGCUUUGGAGGCUCUGAGAAAUGUCAUAAAAUACAAUCCAGGCUCUGAAAGCGAAUGCAUUGGGCACUUUAAGUUAAUAUUUUCUCUUCUCCGAGUCCAUGGAGCGGGUCAAGUGCAGCAAUUGGCUUUAGAGGUUGUGAAUAUAGUGACAUCUAACCAGGAUUGUGUCAACAAUAUUGCUGAAUCAAUGGUUUUGUCCAAUUUAUUGGCUCUUCUACAUUCAUUACCAUCAAGUCGCCAGCUUGUUUUAGAAACUCUUUAUGCUUUGACAUCAAGCACAAAAAUAAUCAAAGAAGCAAUGGCAAAAGGAGCUUUGAUUUACUUACUAGAUAUGUUCUGCAAUUCAACACAUCCACAGGUUCGAGCCCAAACAGCGGAACUUUUUGCUAAAAUGACCGCAGACAAACUAAUAGGUCCAAAGGUCCGCAUUACAUUAAUGAAAUUUCUGCCAAGCGUUUUUAUGGAUGCCAUGAGAGACAACCCUGAAGCUGCUGUACAUAUUUUUGAAGGAACUCAUGAAAAUCCCGAGUUGAUUUGGAAUGAUAGCUCCAGAGAUAAAGUGUCUGCAACAGUUAGAGAAAUGAUGCUAGAGCACUUUAAAAAUCAGCAAGACAACCCUGAUGUAAAUUGGAAGUUGCCUGACGAUUUUGCUGUGGUGUUUGGAGAAGCAGAGGGUGAACUUGCUGUUGGAGGAGUUUUCUUGAGAAUCUUUAUUGCACAACCAGCAUGGGUUCUAAGGAAGCCCAGAGAAUUUCUUAUUGCACUAUUAGAAAAAUUAACUGAGUUCCUGGAGAAGAACAAUCCACACGGAGAAACUCUGGAAACUUUGACAAUGGCCACAGUAUGUCUCUUUAAUGCACAGCCUCAGCUGGCUGACCAGGUCCCACCAUUGGGCCACCUCCCCAAAGUGAUCCAAGCAAUGAAUCAUAGGAACAAUGCCAUUCCUAAGAGUGCCAUCCGCGUUAUCCAUGCCCUGUCUGAAAAUGAGCUAUGUGUUCGAGCCAUGGCAUCUUUAGAUACCAUUGGCCCGCUGAUGAAUGGAAUGAAAAAGCGACCAGAUACUGUUGGUCUAGCCUGUGAAGCAAUUAAUCGAAUGUUUCAGAAGGAGCAGAGUGAAUUAGUGGCACAAGCCCUGAAAGUAGAUUUGGUCCCAUACCUCUUAAAAUUACUCGAAGGCAUUGGCCUUGAAAAUCUCGACAGCCCAGCAGCCACUAAGGCUCAGAUUGUUAAAGCUCUCAAGGCCAUGACUCGAAGCCUGCAGCAUGGAGAACAGGUGAAUGAAAUCUUGUCUCGUUCUUCAGUCUGGAGUGCCUUCAAAGAUCAGAAACAUGAUUUGUUUAUUUCUGAGUCACAAACAGCAGGAUACCUCACAGGACCUGGAGUUGCUGGCUACCUUACUGCAGGGACAUCCUCGUCAGUCAUGUCUAACCUGCCGCCUCCCGUAGACCACGAGGCAGGCGACCUUGGCUAUCAGACUUGACAGAUUUGUGAGAGACAAUAAAUGCUGAAAGGCCAGUGCCCGGUCCACAUUCCUCCAGCUGAUACGUUGAAGCAAACUCUUACUGCCUUUCUCCUGGUUUCAUGACAGUAUUAUUCCUUUUUCUAUACAAAUAUUUUUAUUUAGGAAAAAAAGUCAGUGAUUCUAAUUGUAUCACAUUGUAAGAAAGCACUCUGUGGAUCAACCUAAGUGGGUACACAAGAAUUUUUUUUUCUUGAUGUAUGUAAGCACAUUCUGUUUCUUUAUAUCUGUUUACAAGACUGUGAAUCAAGACAAAACUUUCUUCCUAGUUUUUAUAAUGUUUUUUUGAAUUAGUGUGACUCUGGGGUUGAACUGCAAUCUACAGAAAUUGGACUAAAAGUCACUUAUCCCCGGAAAAGGGUCUUUUCCUCUCCUGCAUCGAGUCCACAUGGCUGUCCUCCUCCACCGUCAAACACUAUUAGGUUUUGUCCUUGCGCCUGUUCCCUGGUAUCCUCUCCUCAAUCAUUAACCUUCUGAGAGCUCACAGUACACGUCGGUAUGUAUAACUGGCUUUACCAAACUGGAUGAAAAAGGAGCUUGUGCAAAAAAAUUUAAAAAUUUAAAAACGGAUGUCAAGAUGUUAUGUAAGAGAUUAGUGUAAUUGUGAAAUGUUCUAUACGUUAUCAGAUAUAUAAAGCUUUCUAUAUUGAAUGUACAUUAUACAGAUCAUUCAUAUGUGUACAUAAAAUUUUAAAAAUAAAGGGAAUUGACUGCUUUGUUAAUGAGA